UGGCAUCAACUUUAUAAAUGGCUCAUUGUGUUUUUUAAUUGAGGCUAGAAGUUGCAUUUUACUAAAAAUUGUAGUUGUUGCAAAAGUAGAGCGAAAGGACUUGUUUUGAUAACCGUAUCCUGUUAUGUUGAUUGAGAAAGACACAAAAGCUGUCUUCUGAUUAGCUGUCUUUUGCACAUCGUGGUGCUUUUUUGAGAAUGAAUGGCAAAGCGACGCUUUUUUCGUGAAGUGGUAUGAAUUGGGCAAUCACAACAGCUGCCGUUGAUUUUGUUGGCCACCAUUCCACGAUGAGAAUUUCUGAUCAGAUCAGCUCCAACUCCAUCAUGCGACUGGAUGUUUUGCUUCCUCCGAUCAAGGAUAUUACACAUGGAUGAUAGGCAAAUUCAUAAAAAAAAUCCAGAUCCGAAUGACUCCGCCAAAAUCGGAAGCGGAAGAUUUCUUUCUACAGGAUUGCCGUUCAAAUCACUGUCGUUCAUUUUCUGCAUCGCUCACUAUACGAUUAGUACAAUUGUUUAUGAAACAUGUGAAGCAAUUUGGAAGACAUUGAACGAAAAGUUCAUUUCUUUUCCAACAACGUCUGCGUUCAACAAAGUGGAAGAGAGUUUCUUAACAAACGGAAAUUUUCUUAAUUGCAUUGGUGCCAUCGAUGGCAAACAUGUACGGGUGAAGGCACCGUCAAAAUCCGGUACUCAAUAUUUCAAUUACAAGAAAUGUUUUUCUUUGCAUUUGCAAGCAGUAGCUGAUGCCAAUAGCAAAUUUAAAGCCGUUGAUGUUGGCGAAUAUGGGAGUUGUUGUGAUAGUGGUGUUUUUAAGUCAUCAACGUUGUUUCAACUGAUACAGUCGAAUCGCCUGAAUAUUCCUCCUCCCAAGCCACUUCCUGGCACUAGACAAGAUGUGCCUCACGUGCUAAUUGGCGAUCAAGGCUACCCAUUGAAAACAUUUUUACUGCGUCCCUGCCCAGAUAGUGAAGAUCCAGCCAAACUUCAUUUCAAUGAAUUGUUAAGCAUAGCAAGACGUUGCGUUGAAUGUGCUUUUGGCAUACUAGUCGUUAAAUGGCGAUGCUUAAAAACAGAAUUGCAAGUAACUCCAGAGAAUGUCACGUUAAUAGUCCAAACAACAUGUUUGUUACACAAUAUUUGUAUGGAAUUCAAAGAAUCACUACCAAAUCCAGCUAAAAACACAAUGACUUCAGAUAUCAAUUAUAAUAGAGCUAACAACCAUUCAUCUCACCAGGCAAAGGAUUUAAGAGAUUAUUUCAAAUAUUACUUCUUUAAUCACAUGGCUUGAUAUAAUAUAAUGCUACAAAUAGAUCUAUAAUACGUAAACAUGUCUCGGUAACAUAUAUUUUUCUCAUUUUGUUCGUAUUUCUAAAUAGUUACUGAAAUUUUUUUUAAAUGAUUUUGUUUCCUGCUAAAUGGCUGAUUGUGGUGCAACAAUUUUCGUAUAGUUUGUGGUGUUAAUAAAAUAAUGAAUUUUCUUUCAAAAUAUCACAAUUUCUUCGGACGUUACUUUCAAUACUGGCCCGUAAAAUUUCA